GAAGCGAGAGGCAGCGGAGUGGACAGUGUUUUGCCUUCACUCCAAGUGACCAUGAGAGGUGCCACGCAAGUCUCCGUCAUACUCCUCCUGGUGAUGGUGUCCGACUGUGCCGUGAUCACGGGGGCCUGUGAGUGGGAUGUCCAGUGUGGGGCAGGCACCUGCUGUGCCAUCAGCCUGUGGCUCCGUGGCCUUCGAAUGUGCACCCCGCUGGGGCGGGAAGGAGAGGAGUGUCACCCUGGCAGCCACAAGAUCCCCUUCUUCAGGAAACGCCAACACCAUGCCUGUCCCUGCUUGCCUAACCUGCUGUGCUCCAGGUGCCAAGACGGCAGGUAUCGCUGCUCCACGGACUUGAAGAACAUCCACUUCUAGGAGCGUGUCUGGUCUCAGGAUCCUCUCUGGGCCUGUUCCUGAGCACAGCCUAGGUGGUGUCUUACAGACUUAUUUUGUUUCUGCCUGUAGCCCAGCUCUUCCCUCCACUCCCAGCUGUCCUCGUCCCGACCACCCCCACCCCCCACCUCCUACCUCGGUCACUCCUUCUAAGCACACGCACGUGCACACAUGCAGCCACACACCACCAGGUGACAUGGUCCUCCAGGCUGGCCUGAGGGUGUCCCAGCUGUGGCUGUGGUCGUGGAGGUAGUCUGACCAGUUCUCUUCCUGCUUAGGCUGCCUGAGGUGUUGUAAGUAAUAGGAAGGGUAUACUGUUCCCUUGUUCCCACCUCAUUCAGCUUCUUCUCCUCAGAGGUGACCUGUCCCCCUCACUGGGCCCGCCUCUCUCCCGCCCAGCACGGGCCCUUCUGCCGGAAUCUGACAUCUGGAGCAUGGGCCCCUUGGGCUGUCCUUGGAGUCUCAGGGCCUGGCCCUGCCUGAGCCUCUGACAAUCAGCCUUGGAAUUGUCCAUCGUCCUUUGCACUACUUGCUCCUUAUUUUUAGGCUCCAGGCCUGAGGUCAGCCCUUCCCGGAGGGUGAUAGACAAUGACCUCGUGUCCUGUGUGAGGAGCCAGGGAGACCCGUCGGCCUUCGGAUGGUGACCUGCUCACUAGACCAGAAUUGCAGGGGCUCCAGGGCCCCUUCUCUUACAUUUUACCUGUUAACCAGGGAAGCCCCCAAUUCCCACUGCUUCCCCAUACAGGCAAAUGGUGGGAUUCAAUUGAAUGAGCUGCUGACAUUUUAGAAGGCAAUUAGGGAGUUACAGCUUCUUUCCAAGGAUUGGCCCCCGAGAGCAGGUCUAUGACCU